AUGGAGGCAGAAAAUGACAAAGUUGUGGAGAAAGAUUACCUAGAUUUACUUCACAUUACAACUGAGGCCGGUGAAGAAGAAGAUAACCAAUUGUUUCAAUGGGUUAGACCUCUUCAUUUAGAUGAUGAAGAUGGAAAUUCUGACCCACGAAUUGCCACACAUGUCCAAGAAACAAGUGUUAAUGUUGAACGACUAUUAUUCGAUAAAGUUCAUAAUGAUAGUUUCAACCAAGACACGAGAGAUUCAUUUCUACAAGGAACUUCUCAGUCGAUAGUCACUUCUCGACCUUCUUUUGACUCCACAAGUGUUGAACAUAGUAGCCGACCUAGUGCUGCUAGUACUUCUGCUUCCGGUUAUGAUGGUUCAAGAGGAGAGGAGACCAAUGAUGGUAGUGACCCUGGAAAUGAUGGACAGGAUCUUGUAGUGGGUCUAGUGAGCUCAUACAGGCAUGAUAGAGAAUUGGUGGACUUUAAUCUUGCAAAAUCUGAGGCAGCUAAGCUACAUGAAGUCAUUGAAAAAAAGCAAUUAGAUCAUGAUGAUGUUGUGUGGAUACUGACAACAAGGAAUUUCUUUCAACUUAGAGAAACUUUUGUGUGCUACAAGCAAAGCUACGAAGUUGCUAUUGAUCAGGCCAUUAAUAGCAGUGGAAAUGGUGAUUUGGGCUCUAUAUUGCGAGGAGUAAUUUUGUGCAUUGUUUCCCUAGAGAAACAUUUUGCUGAGGUCAUUAGAGCCUCCAAUGUUGGGUACUGGACUAAAGAUGAAGAUUCAUUGACAAGAGCAAUUAUGACUUGGGCUAAAAUUGAUAUGACAAAGAUCAAAGGAGAGUACUUCAAAAUGAACAACACCAAUCUCGAUGAUGUAGUUAGACGUGAUGCAUCAGGGGUUUACAAAAGCUUCUUGAUGGCCUUAAUUGGAGCAAAAAUUUGA